AUGGCGUCGCCCUUGCUGCGGCGCGCCGCCUGGAGUAGUACAGCGGCAUGCGAGGAGCCGCUGUCGGGCGGCGACAUGGCGGUGUUCGCGUCGCGCGCCGGGCCCGCCGCCUGCUGGCACCCCGCCUGCUUCACCUGCUGCGUGUGCCGCGAGCUGCUCGUCGACCUCAUCUACUUCUGGAAGGACGGCCGCCUCUACUGCGGCCGACACCACGCCGAGACGCUCAAGCCGCGCUGCUCCGCCUGCGACGAGAUCAUCCUGGCGGACGAGUGCACGGAGGCGGAGGGCCGGGCGUGGCACAUGAAGCACUUCGCGUGCUUCGAGUGCGACCGCCAGCUGGGGGGGCAGCGGUACAUCAUGCGCGACGGCCGCCCCUACUGCCUGCACUGCUUCGACGCCAUGUUCGCCGAGUACUGCGACUCGUGCGGCGAGCCCAUCGGCGUCGACCAAGGCCAGAUGAGCCACGAGGGCCAGCACUGGCACGCCACGGAGCAGUGCUUCUGCUGCCACACGUGCCGCGCCUCGCUGCUGGGCCGGCCCUUCCUGCCGCGCCGCGGCGCCAUCUACUGCAGCAUCGCGUGCAGCAAGGGAGAGCCGCCCACGCCGUCCGACAGCUCGGCGGGCCCGGCCGGGGGCGGCGGGGGCGGCGGCCCGCGGCGGCGCGCGCCCUCCGAGUCGAGCGCCAGCGCCAGCCUGACGCCGCCGGGGUCGCCCGACGCCGCCUCCAGGCUGCGCCGCCCCCACCACCGGCCGCAGCCGCCGCCGCCCGCCGCCGCCGCCGCCGCCUCGCCGCCCGCCCUGCGGCGCCACCAGCCGCGUCACGCCACCAGCUCGGCGCAGUCGCCGCCGCCGCCGCCGUCGCAGCUGACGCCGCCGCCGCAGCUGUCUCCGCGGCGGCUGUCCCCGGCGCGGGCGGCGCCGUGCCAGUCGCCCACGGCCAGCCACCACUCGUCGCAGUCCCAGUCCCCGACGCCCAGCCUGCAGGCGUCGCCCCUGCGCAGCCCGCCGCCCACGCGCUCGCCCAAGAUGGGGCGGCGUGCGCUGCAGCGGGACCGCGCGGGCGCCGCCUCCGCCUGCAAGGCGCUGCCCCCGACGCCGCCUCCGCCCCCGCCGCCCGCGCCCGACCCGCCGCCCCCGCCGCCAGCCAGCGAGCCGCCACAGUACAACAUACAGCCCUCGCCGUCGCCAGCUGGGAAGGGGCUGGACCGCGUGUUACUGGAGCGUAACCUCGAGCGGCUGCUUUCGGAGCACGGUGGCGGAUCCUCGGGGCCUGGCAGCAUGACGGCAGGUCCAGUGGACUCACAGCCCACUGGCUGCAACCCCGAUCUGGAGAGGCUGUUGCACGCACGCGACCGCAGCCGUGAGCCACUGCACUUGGCCGAACUCAGCCUCAGCCUGGACGCGUGGAAGCCACCACCGCCCCCAGCACCGCCUCCUCCACCCCUGCCCACACCUGCACCACAGCCGAGCUCACCCGUGCCGACCACCCCACUCCCCGAGGCUACGCCUGACAUUCUGCCACGUAGGCCCACACCACCCCCACCUCACCAUCACCACUUCCCAUUACCCCAGCAGCAGCAGCAGUCACCACUGCCACAGCAACCGGCUUCACCCUCACGGCGGCAGGGCAAGGCAAGCAAGGGUCAGCUAAGCGUGCGUUUCCAGGGUGACAGGCACGAUGAUAUCGAUCGCGACAUUGACGAUGCAGAAGAGGGCGCUGCUGCAGUUUCCAGCGUGUCGGCGUCGGCAACACUGUCGUCGUCCCCGAGCCGGCACCGGACAACGUUCCCACGCAGCAGGAGCUACUCGGGCAGGUCGCGCUACCGUGACCGUGACCGGGAUCGUGACUACUCCUACGGCUACGAAGACUCACGGAGGGCGCGCGGGCCGCGCAAGACCAACUCUGAGAGCCACGUGCCCAGUGGCAGCGCUGCGCGCUUCCCACUUCCGCCAUCGUCGUCAGCAGACCGUGACGAUGCAGACAGUUACUGCUCCACCUGCUCCUCUAGCUCCAGCAGUGACGAAUACGCCUACGAGCUGCCGCCGAGGCGCGCCUACGGUGGUGUCCGCAUCUCGUACGUGCCCAAUGAUGCACUGGCAUGCGCCCGCCGUCAGCAACAAGCUGCGUCUGCAGCCCCCAAGUCACCUACAAAGAAGAGUGGUGCCACUGAUGACAAGGACAAGAACUGCACCAUCUCCUGAUCCCGGUGUCCUCCACCGCCUGUGGAAUCCCAGCGGCGCUGAUCGUACCUGGCAGCGAGUACAGUUCCUGGUUCUAUGGCUGCUCCUCUGACGCUAUACGGAUGGUGGCUCUUCUCUUAGAGAACUGUGAAGACUGUGUGAAAUGUUUUGAAGUGUGACAUGUACUCGCAGACAGAAUAAGAACUAUGCAAACUAUAAUAGCUCCUCUUUCUUAUGAUCUAAUAAUUCUACAGUUUGCCCUCAUUGUUUUACUCUCACCCACAUGAUCUCCAAGCAAGGAAGUAAUUCAAAUUCAGUCAUAAGGCAGCUAGAAAUAUGAUUUGUGAUGCUGAUAUUUACUAUAAAUCUAAUUUUCCUAGAAUGAACCUCUCACUUGGCUUUGGGUGAACCACUGAAGUGAACCUUAAUGAGAAGAAAAGUUGUGUCACACUGGUAAUUGAGCCUAGAAAAAUAUAGGCUGUGAUGUGAUCUGUGACACAUGAAAUUCAGAUGAUACAACUACAAAAGAAAGAAAGUAGAAGGAAAAAAUAGAGUCACAAUAAACAAGCAAAAAUUUACACUCAGAAACCCAUUACUUACUGCAAAGUUUUAACUGAGAUUGGAAGAAAAGUUAAUUAUGGCCAGGUUGAUGUCAAAACUAGAUGAAAUAUGCAGUUUUAUUGUCACAAAGGUUCGAGAUAACGGUACAUUUUCAUAAGCUUCAUCCAUCUAGUUUUGUAUGGCAAAUAAAAUAUUCUUCCUGUGACUCCCCUGUUUCAUUAUGUCAUAGUGAUCUGGCUGUCAUCCAUACUGUAGAAGGAGCUGGAGUGAUAGUUAGAGCACCACAUCUAAAUAAAAAUACAGUGAUAAAAAACUGGUAGAGAUGAAGCUUUCUGACAGUUUAAAAAUGCCUGCCAGACUAGGACUUUAGAUUGGACCCUUUGUGAAACAAAUGAGCAGAUGGGUUGGGGGUGGGGUGGGGGGUGUUUCCAGGCCUGUUUUUUCAGUUGAAGCUUUGACUGAACAAUGAGGCUUUUGUGGCAGUAAAUUCGAUAAGAGUAUUAUUUGUGAAAGGCAUAAGUCCACAUCCAAGUUCUAGUCUAAUAUACUUUUUAAUAGUUCAGAACAUUUCAAUACCACUUAUACACUGAAGCACAAUGAAAGAUUCAGUCUUCAUUAGAAAUCUAUGUUAGGUCGAUCAGCACCAUCUACAGGUAGUAUCCCAAAAAAUUUUCAGGUGUUUAUCCACAAUCUGUCUUUUCACAUAAGAUAUCCACAGAUUUUCUCCAGAAAAUAACCACAGUGCACAAUGUGCAGUUGACAACAUAAUCUAUUCUAAUUACAUUUUUCCCAUUGGUUAUUUUUCCUGAUAUUCUUAUCAUGCUUCUGCUUGCUGAGGACACAUAUGUUCAUUGCUUCUACAUGUGUGUUAAUAUACAAGAUUUUAUGUUGGUAAUUCUAUGUUAGACGGGACUUGUCCUUCUGUCCUCUUGUUUCUUUUUCAUGCAACUCAAAGACAUUACAAUUUUCUUUAAACUAUGACUGUUAUCCUGUAUGUUCCUUUAUAGGCAACAAACAGCUUUUUUAGGAUUGGAAUGUUGUAGAUAUUUGUUAACCCAGAUACAUUUUGCUUUAAUUUAAAAAGCAUCAUAACAGAUGUGUGGCUGCCAGUGGCCACAGCAGGCAUUUCUGCUGCGCCACCAGAGGCCUUAUGGCAGUCAAUGUGUUAAGGCAAUUAUAAAUUACUAGAGAAACUUUGAUUUAUGGAUCAUUAUUUGUGUAUCUCAUGGUUUCUAUACCAAUUUUCAUUUUCCAUUUCUGUCACUGUUUUUGCAUUGAUUAAAAAAUUACAGUUGCACUGCAGUUUUUGAACAUUUUGCCAACAUUCAGAAUGCAUGUGCCAGUUUUCUGGCUCACUAGAUAUUAUUUUCUGUACACUGUAACAAAUAACAUUUUUAUUAAUAAUUUAGCCCUUAAUUUUUGUUAGUUUCUGCUGUUAUGUUAUACUUUUUGGGACCUUGUUUUGGAAAAACAUUUAAACUAUCAAUCUGCUCUCAGAAAUGCCUCUUGUCAAUAAGGUUUCUAUACACCGCAGUAUGAAGAGGUUUUUUUGCUUACUAGGGAUGAACAAAUGUUUUAUAGUGGGCAGAAAAUAGCCACUCUAACAAAUCUCAGCUGCAAUAAAUUAAUAGCAAUGAUUGGCUUUAACUGAUAUUAAUUAGAAAACUCUGAAAGUACAAGAUUUUAUUGGGUUGGCACUUCACCCCCCCCCCCCCCCCCCCCCCCCAC